AUGAUGAAGAUUACUUUGUUCGCUCUGGCCGCGCUGGCGCUCGUAUGCGCUGUGCCUCAGGACAAGCCAGCGGCCGCGCCGGUCGAGAUCGUGAAACAGGACUCUGAAGUAGACAUCAAUGGAUACAAUUUUGACUUCGAAACAAGUGACGGCACAGCCCGACAGGAACAGGGCGAAUACAAAAACGACACCGACCAGCAAGGCCUGGCGGUAAAGGGCAGCUACAAGUACGUGGCCCCUGAUGGCCAGCACAUCUCCGUGACCUUCGUGGCCGACAAGAACGGCUACCAGCCCACCCAGCACCUCGGCGACGAGCCCGCUCCAGCCCCGGCACAACCCUAAAGACUUCAAUGUACGUUUUGUAACCAA